UGCUUACCUAUUUUUUAUGUUGGUACCUUAUUUAACACAAUAUUUUACAAGCUUCAAAUAAGCACAUUUAUAAGUACCUAGUUGUCUUAUGGAGCAUCAUUUAUGAUGAUACCAUCUGUCUUACUCCAGCUAACUUGAUAUAUAACAAUAUCUAUGCAUUGGUUUGGAUUUAUCUGUCUUUUUAAUUUGAACAACAGCUGAUGAACUUGAUUCAUAUUUUUCAAUUUUCAUUUUUUCUUGAUGUAUUAAGAUUCAAAUCUGUCAAUUUAUUUAUAACUCCAUGAUGCAUCCAGUUUUUUGUUUGAUUCUUUGUUGUGCUUUGCAUGACUACUAGUUUUUGUUUUCCAGGGAACUUCAAAGGUAUAAUUCUGACAAGUGAUGCAUUCCAUUGUUAAAUCAUUAUGCAACUUUCAUAGAUUAUCCAAACCUACUGGUAGAUACAUAUACAAACAAAUACAGAGACCAUAUUCAUCAGAAGCAGUAGUCCAACAGCUCUUUGAAGGAUUAUGUGCAAAAGACAGAACCAGUUUAGCCAGAGCGAUUACUCUGGUAGAGACAAGCAAUGCCAAGAAAAGAAAGCUUGCUCAAAAUCUGGUCUCAAUGGUAUCAGCAGACUUGCAAAAGGAGCAAGAUAGAAAUAAAGGCAUACCAUCAUCAUUUAGAAUUGGUUUGUCGGGCCCUCCUGGCGCCGGCAAGUCGACGUUCAUCGAGACGCUGGGGAAGCAGCUGACGGGCGCCGGUCACCGGGUGGCCGUCCUGGCCGUGGACCCGUCCUCCAACACCACUGGAGGCUCGCUGCUGGGCGACAAGACGCGGAUGCCGCGACUGACGGUGGACCCGGCCGCGUACAUCCGCCCGUCGCCCACCGGCGGACACCUCGGCGGCGUCACCCGCGUCACAAACGACACCAUCCUGCUCUGCGAGAGAGCGGCCUAUGACGUCAUCAUUGUCGAAACGGUCGGUGUGGGCCAAUCGGAGAUCAGCGUCUCUGAAAUGGUGGACGUGUUCCUGCUGUUGAUGCCGCCGGCCGGAGGGGACGAACUUCAGGGCUUGAAGCGCGGUAUCGUCGAGCUGGCUGACGUGAUCGCCAUCAAUAAGAGUGACGGCGACCUGGUGCCGGCGGCGCGGCGGAUCCAGGCUGAGUACCUGUCGGCGCUCAAGUUCGUGCGUCCGCGGCUGGCCGGCUGGCGGGUGCCGGUGCUCCGCUGUUCGGCGCGCACCGGCGACGGCAUGACCGAGCUGUGGCAGACUCUGACCGCCUUCCGGGAACGGAUGACGGCCGACGGCCAGCUGGCGGCCCGGCGGCGCCGGCAGCGCGCCGUCUGGCUGUGGUCGCAGAUCGAGCGCGCCGUGGUGGACGCGUUCCGACGCCACCCGGCCGUGCGCAGUCGGCUGCCCAGACUGGAGCGGGAGGUGGCCACCGGUCGACUGCCGCCCGGGGUAGCCGCCGACCGGCUAGUGCAGCUGUUCCUCGAGGGCAGUGGGAGGGGUGGGGAGAGGAGGGCAGAGGAGCGGAGUCGGACGGGACACAGCGGGGAGGGCGUUCCUAGGUGACGAGUCUGCCGGUGUGGAUAGGUCAGUUCCGUUGGCUGUAUGUAGUGACCUGGCAAUCACGAUCUUUAUGAAUGGGCAGUUGGGAUUGGGCCGGUGCGCUAAGUGGUCUUCCUCAGGGAUCAACCUGCGAGUAUCCGGGAACGCUGCCGACUCGCCUGAUCGCUGUAAAAUAGCCGGUCCCCGCAGUCAGUCUUCACCAGUCGACAACGCACUAUGUAGGACUGCAGCAGUGUACGACCUCCAACCAGCCAUCUAGAAUGAUGUACUCUAGAGACCUCGUACGAAGUAUUGUGUCCAGAGUCUAGCGAGGUCCGAUUCUUUGCCUAUUUAUAGCCGAUAUAUCGAAUCUUCCUGUCCGUAUUCUACAAGUAUAAUGGCUGGACAAAGACCGUGUGAUGUUCAAAAUAUGGCCUACAGUGGUUUGCGACAUUGUCAAGUGUCAACGUUACAUAGACAAUGCUCGCUCUCUGCCUUGUAUAAGUUUUGGUAUAGGCCAUUGGUUGUGACUUGCGUGCAUAUUGUCAGGUCCGUGUGGCGACGUCACGUUCGUUGUUGUGCAAUGCCUGCAUUGGUUAUUAUUAACCAGAGCUGAGUGCUGAGUCGCUAAUGAAUGGUGCUUGAGAUGGGUUCAGUGCAAUAUGACAUCAGUCGAAUGUUAGGUCCAAAUGUGCGUGGUAUAUUUCAUACCAUUUUCUCGCAACCGUGAGAAGAGAAUAUAUCUAUAUUAAAUA